AAUACAAAAUUUUGUUGUGAGCUUUUCAUAACAUUAUAAUGGACAAUAUCUACACUUUGGUAAUUUUUAUACUUUGUCUAUCUUUGAAGGCUUGUAGUGUUUGUUCUAGAGAUACACAAUGGGGUGGUGUGAGGAGAAUGAGGUCUGAGGAAAAUGAUGAUCUUGUGACUAACUUGCCUGGCCAGCCUCCUGUAAAUUUCAAACACUACGCUGGAUAUGUCACAGUCAACCAAACCAAUGGACGAGCACUCUUUUACUGGUUCUAUGAGGCCAUGACAAACCCUCAAGACAAACCAUUGGUGCUGUGGCUUAAUGGAGGUCCUGGGUGUUCUUCUGUGGGAUAUGGAGCAACACAGGAGAUUGGUCCAUUUUUAGUGGACAUCGAUGGCAAGGACCUUAAAUUUAAUAACUUCUCAUGGAACAGAGAGGCCAACAUGUUAUUCCUGGAAUCUCCUGUUGGGGUUGGCUUUUCCUAUUCAAAUACAACCACCGAAUAUGCACAACUGGGAGAUGACUUCACAGCUAAUGAUGCUUACACUUUUCUGCACAAUUGGUUCCUCAAGUUUCCAUCGUAUAGAACAAGGACAUUUUACAUAGCAGGAGAGAGCUAUGCAGGAAAGUAUGCGCCGGAGCUGGCUGAACUCAUCCACGACAGAAACGAGGACCCUUCCCUUCACAUUGAUCUCAAGGGAAUUUUGCUGGGGAACCCUGAAACAUCUGAUGCUGAGGACUGGUCAGGUAUGGUUGAUUAUGCUUGGAGCCAUGCAGUGAUAUCUGACGAAACUUACAAAACAAUCAAAGCAAGCUGUGACUUCAAUAGCAGUGAUACGUGGAAUAAUAAAGAUUGUAGUCAUGGAGUGGAUGAAGUACUAAAUCAGUAUAACAAAAUUGAUAUCUACAGCCUCUACACCUCUGUUUGCUUCGCCAGCACAGCGCGUUCAAACGAUCAAUCCAGGCAAACGGUGAUGAAUCGGUCAUCUAAAAUGAUGCCACGGAUCAUGGGCGGUUAUGACCCAUGUUUGGAUGACUAUGCUAAAGUUUUUUACAAUAGACCAGAUGUUCAGAAGGCCCUCCAUGCUAGUGAUGGUCACAAUCUGAGGAAUUGGAGUAUUUGCAAUGACAACAUAUUCAAUGGAUGGAAACAGUCAAAGUCAUCUGUUAUCCCAAUCUACAGGAAGCUUAUUGCAGCAGGACUUAGGAUUUGGGUUUACAGUGGAGACACUGAUGGUAGGGUGCCAGUGCUGUCAACAAGAUACAGCUUAAGUCUUCUAGGUUUGCCUAUCACUAAGAGAUGGAGGCCUUGGUACCAUGAAAAGGAGGUUAGUGGGUGGUAUCAAGAAUAUGAGGGGCUUACCUUUGCGACAUUUCGGGGAGCUGGGCAUGCAGUGCCUUGUUUCAAACCAAGCAACUCCCUCGCGUUUUUCUCCUCAUAUCUUCUUGGAGAAUCACCACCCUCUACAAAAUGAUAUAUAUAAUUAAUCAAGAUUCAUAUAUAUUGAGUCUCCUUUGCUUUGUUAACCCCCGAAAAGAAAUUUUGCUUUUAUCAAGACUCUAGUUGUCUAUCUUAUAAUUAUAAUUAUAAAAAUGUUGAGCAACCAAGUACAAAUAUUAUAUAUAAUGAAUAAAAG